CUUUCGCACGACACCGGAAGCUGGGAUCAGCUGAUGGAGGAAGAGCUGAAAAAAAGGUGAGCCAUCUUCCCCCGGCAGACGGAUACGGACUCAGAGCUUUCACGAAAGAUAUACGAGAAAAUGAGAAGGAUUUCGGUGUCAUUCGACGGCGACAGACUGGUUUUAAAACGCCAGGACAACUAGAGGAAACCGUGAAGGAAUUUGCAAGGACCAGUUCUGACAGAGGAAAAUACCUGCUGUUAACGUUCGACACAAAAGCCUCUAACUGCAUUAACAAAGAACGGUCAACAAAAAGGGAUUAAUAUCGGAAUAUGGAUUAGAUGUAACCUGUAUAAUUACAUGAGAAAGGCUACAUAAAGACGCUUCCGGUCGCUGCAGUGUGCAGCAGAACCCUAGCCUGUAAACAAACAACUAGCUUUAGUUAGCCGAUUGCUGGUUAGCACUCAGCUGCUAAUAUACACAGCUAAGCUAUGGUGGCAGGGCUGAAGUACAGAAAGCCGAGAUAAACAGAGAAAACUACUACAAACUAAAUCCAGUCUCACCAUCGCUAUCCCAAGCAGGUGGUAUUGGUUUAUUACCCAUGUAUGCAUUUAUUCUAGGGAAAUUAGCGUUGGAACUAACGCGGUACAGUUAUUUUCUUUAGCUCCUAAGUAAAAUAACUGCAAACCGAGCGAUAAACGCGGUACUGUAAAGCAUUAGACAGCUCUAACGUAAACGCAUCAUAUGUUUAAGUCACUGGACAUGACACUUGUGAUUGACAUGGACUGGGAUGUUUUCUGUUAGCAUACUUCAGCUGAUUGGCUGAAAAGAGAGGGGAUGAAGGAAAACAACUUUCUGAUUCCCUUAGAAUGGAGUUCUAGCUUUAUUACAGCGGGGGGUUUCAAAAGCUCCCUUCAAAAUAAGACCUCACACCUGCAGUGUGAAUUGACAUUGCGUAGGUGAUUAAAUUGUUGUCCUUUUAAGGCAGCAGUGUUCAGUACAGUCAACCAGACCUGGUCAUUAUUAGGUAACUAUUUAAUUUACAUACAGACAUAUUGUGUAGUAGUUUUGUUUUCUUAAUUCUAAAUAUAUUUAAAGUUGAUAGCUCGAGUGCAUCCUCCUUAGUGUUUGUGUCAUGUAGCUGAGCUUUGGGCCAACUGGUAACCUCUCUGGCUUUGUUUUGCUAGCUAGUGGGCCUUCCUUCCAGUUCUGAAACAUUUUGGACUGGGCCACUUUUCUCUUAACUUCCUACUGCAGCUUCAAGCCACAGCCAUCUAGAUUCUAGAGCAUUCAGAAAAGUUGAUGUGAUGGAACUGAUGUUUGCUGAGUGGGAGGAUGGGGAGAGGUUCUCCUUCGAAGACUCAGACAGGUUUGAGGAAGACUCCCUGUGCUCCUUCAUCUCUGAGGCAGAGAGCCUCUGCCAGAACUGGAGAGGAUGGAGAAAACAGUCUGCUGGGCCCAACUCCCCGACGGUCAAGAUUAAAGAUGGUCAGGUGACGCCUCUGGUUGAAUUAUCAGCCAAACAGGUAGCUUUUCAUAUCCCAUUUGAGGUAGUGGAGAAGGUCUAUCCCCCCGUGCCAGAACAGCUUCAGCUCCGCAUCGCCUUUUGGAGCUUCCCAGAGAACGAGGAGGACAUCAGGUUGUAUUCAUGCCUGGCUAAUGGCAGUCCAGAUGAAUUUCAGCGUGGAGAGCAGCUGUACAGGAUCCGAGCCGUCAAAGAUCCCCUUCAAAUCGGCUUCCAUCUCAGUGCUACAGUAGUUUCCAGUCAGUCUGGUCAGUCUAAAGCAGCCUACAAUGUGGCAGUCAUGUUUGACCGCUGCCGCAUCACUUCCUGCAGCUGUACCUGUGGCGCCGGGGCAAAAUGGUGCGCCCAUGUAGUUGCUCUCUGCCUAUUCAGAAUCCACAACGCAUCAGCAGUUUGUUUGAGGGCUCCAGUCUCCGAGUCUUUGUCCAGGCUCCAGAGGGACCAGCUCCAGAAGUUUGCCCAAUACCUCAUUAGUGAGCUGCCUCAGCAGAUCCUGCCCACAGCCCAGCGGCUGCUGGAUGAGUUGCUGUCUUCUCAGUCUACAGCCAUCAACACUGUUUGUGGAGCUCCAGAUCCGACGGCUGGCCCUUCAGCAUCUGAUCAAAGCACCUGGUAUCUGGAUGAGUCGACCCUUAGUGAUAACAUUAAAAAGACUUUGCACAAGUUCUGUGGGCCCUCUCCUGUUGUCUUCAGUGAUGUCAACUCCAUGUACCUGUCCUCUACUGAGCCACCGGCAGCUGCUGAGUGGGCCUGUUUGCUGCGGCCUCUGAGGGGGCGGGAGCCUGAAGGCAUCUGGAACCUUCUGUCCAUCGUCAGGGAAAUGUUUAAGAGGCGAGACAGCAACGCUGCCCCACUGCUGGAGAUCCUCACUGAACAGUGCCUUACCUACGAGCAGAUCAUCAGCUGGUGGUACAGCGUCAGAACCUCAGCGUCCCACAGCAGUGCCAGCGGCCACACUGGGCGCAGCAACGGCCAGUCAGAGGUGGCAGCUCAUGCCUGUGCGAGCAUGUGUGAUGAGAUGGUUGUUCUAUGGAGGCUGGCUGUGCUUGACCCCACUAUGAGCCCCGGCAGGCGGUUGGAACUGGCGAGCCAGCUGAAGCAGUGGCAUCUGAAAGUCAUAGAGAUCGUGAAGCGAGGACAACAUCGAAAGUCACUGGAUAAACUUUUUCAGGGCUUCAAACCUGCUGUGGAAUCCUGCUAUUUCAACUGGGAGGUGGCCUAUCCACUUGAAGGUAUCACAUACUGCAGUGCAGAUAAGAAGAACAACACGUUCUGCUGGCCCAGGGCUAUGCAGUUCCAGAAGGGAGUCAAAGCUGCUGCCGGUGUGGCCGGUGAGCCUUCUGAGUCUGGAGGAGGGAGCAAAGCUGAAGGUGGAAUUCUGGUGGACUAUAAGGGAAGAGGGAAUGGCUAUUUUUCACAGCAAGAGGUGGCUGUGCGACCAAAGGAGACCAUACUUAGCAAACGGAAGGGUUUGUCACUAAGUGGAGGAGGAGGAAUGCUGGUCCGGCUGGGAGGGAGUGUCUCUCUGUCUUUAGAAGAUGGUGGAGGAAAGUGCAUGUAUAAAGGAGCAGCUCCCUCCUCUGGAGGUAAACUAAAACUGACACAGGGAGGAGGGAAGGUUCCAUCCACAGGAGGUCCUGGGGGAAGUGGAGGAACAGGAAGCAAUAAACAUGCCGGUGUUAAGCGAAGAACCAGCAGUGAGGACAGCUCUUUAGAGCCAGACCUGGCUGAUCUCAGUCUGGAUGACAGCUGCAAUCUAGCUCUGGGGGCAGAGGCCUGUAACACUUUUGAGUUUCUUCCCACAGCAGCAGAGGUGCUGCCCUCUCCAAGCCCACUGCUCCGAGACUCACCCAAAUACAGCAGAGGCAGCGCAGGCAGCAAGAGUUUUGACAUUAAGCAUGUUAGUCAUGUCCCAGCUACACUGACUGCUGCAGAGUCUGCUCCGGCCUGUUUUACUUCCAAAGAAAACAUGGAUGUGGUUGUUGAUACUGCAGAAAGGGAAGCAGAGGUGGACACUGAACCUGUCCCCAGCAGAAAUAAAGACAUGUGUAGCAGUGAGCAACCUUCCAGCUCAGCAAUGACUGCAAGAUCUGGCAGCCCUCAAGCUUCUGCCAAGUUGCUUUGGGGCAACAGGGAAGCAGAAUCUGCUGGAGCAGCAACAGGUGCAGCUGUAGCUGCUAACCAGGGUGUUGAGGCCACAGGUGGAGCUUCUGAAGGAGAAGCUUUGGCUGAAGAUGACUAUCAGGCGUACUACCUGAGUGCUGCAUCAGAAGAGGGAGCAGACAAACAGCUGGCUGACAACCACCAGGAGGAAGAACCAGACAUCUUUGCAGGAAUUAAACCACUCGAGCAGGCAGGACGCAUGGAGGUGCUGUUUGCGUGUGCUGAAGCCCUCUAUGCUCAUGGCUACAGUAAUGAGGCAUAUCAGCUGGCUGUGGAGCUGGCCAGAGACUUGUUGGCCAACCCUCCAGACCUGAAGGUGGAGCAGCCCCAGACUAAGGGUAAGAAGAGCAAGGUGUCAACCAGCCGUCAGACACAGGUGGCCACUAACACACUGUCCAAAGCCGCGUUCCUCCUCACUGUUCUCAGCGAGAGACUCGAACUCCACAACCUGGCUUUUAGCACGGGAAUGUUCUCCCUGGAACUGCAGAGACCACCUGCAUCUACUAAAGCCCUAGAGGUGAAGCUGGCGUACCAGGAGUCUGAGGUGGUGGCGCUGUUGAAGAAGAUUCCACUGGGCCUGGUGGAGAUGUCAGCCAUCAGAGAACGAGCCGAGCAGCUAAGGGAUGGAAACCUCUGUGAUUACAGACCGGUGCUGCCUCUAAUGUUGGCCAGUUUCAUAUUCGAUGUUCUCUGCACCCCAGUUGUGUCCCCAACUGGUUCCCGUCCACCCAGUCGCAACCGAAACAACGAGAUGCCUGGGGACGAGGAGCUGGGCUUUGAGGCAGCUGUAGCAGCACUGGGAAUGAAGACGACAGUUAGUGAGGCAGAGCAUCCUCUGCUCUGUGAAGGAACUCGCCGGGUGAAGGGUGACCUGGCUUUAGCUCUCAUGAUCACCUACAAGGAUGACCAAAGCAAACUCAAGAAGAUUCUGGAUAAACUGUUGGACAGGGAGAGCCAGACCCACAAGCCUCAGACUCUGAGCUCUUUCUACUCGAGCAAGCCAGCAGCAGGCAGUCAGCGUAGCCCAUCCAAACAUUCUGCCAGCAGCCACAUUGGGAUCGGAGGUGCCACCGGGGGGGUCACCAAACAUGCCUUGUCGUCAUCCUCAUCCAACACCUUGGCUGCAUCUUCUUCAAGCUCUUCUUCUGCUGUAGCACUUCCAGGGGAGGAGGUGACUGCACAGGUUGAACUCAGCCUGCUGCAGAACAGCUCAACUGGGGAGAGCACGGCUGAGACCAAGGAGCAUGUUUCAGAUGCAGCACAGUUAUCAAGUGAGCAGCAGAAUGAAACGGCAUCCUUUAAACUGGAGCCCACCGUUCCCAGUCGACUGGCACUGGGAGGGCGCUGUGGAUACAGCCAACGUUGCUGGGGCUCACCUGUCCGCCAGAAGAAGAAACACACAGGCAUGGCGAGCAUAGAUAGCAGCGCUCCUGAGACCACCUCAGACAGCUCCCCCACCCUCAGCCGCAGGCCGCUCCGUGGUGGCUGGGCAGCCGCGUCCUGGGCACGGGGCCAGGACAGUGACAGCAUCAGUAGUUCAUCAUCGGAUUCGCUAGGUUCCUCCUCCUCAAGUGGUUCUCGCAGAGCAGGGGGAGGGGCCAGGGCCAAGAGCACAGACACGAGCAGGUAUAAAGGACGCCGUCUGGAGUGCCAUGCUCCCCAUGUGCCCAAUCAGCCAUCAGAGGCAGCGGCCCAUUUUUACUUUGAGCUGGCCAAGACGGUGCUGAUCAAAGCUGGAGGGAACUCCUCAACCUCCAUUUUCACCCAGCCCUCAGCCAGUGGCGGUCACCAGGGGCCACACAGAAACCUGCACCUCUGUGCUUUUGAGAUUGGACUGUAUGCUCUUGGCCUCCACAACUUUGUUUCACCCAACUGGCUGUCCAGGACCUAUUCAUCUCAUGUCUCCUGGAUCACUGGCCAAGCUAUGGAGAUUGGCAGUGCAGCCCUGAACAUUCUGGUUGAGUGCUGGGAUGGCCACCUCACUCCACCAGAGGUGGCAUCCCUGGCCGACCGAGCAUCACGGGCCAGGGACCCGAACAUGGUUCGGGCGGCCGCAGAGCUGGCCCUCAGCUGCCUGCCUCAUGCCCACGCCCUCAAUCCCAAUGAAAUCCAGAGAGCUUUGGUUCAGUGCAAAGAACAGGACAACUUAAUGCUGGAAAAGGCCUGCAUGGCAGUAGAAGAGGCAGCGAAGGGCGGCGGUGUGUAUCCUGAGGUUCUCUUUGAGGUGGCUCAUCAGUGGUACUGGCUUUACGAGCAGUCAGUGGGCGGGGGUGCAGGCCAACAGCGGGAGCCCCCAGGCCGCUGCAGGGCCAACGGGAGUUCUGGCCGGAGGCCCCCAGAUUCCACCUGUGUUGUGCUCGACGGUGGAGCCAACAUGGAGUCUUCAGGGGUGGGAGCUGUCACAGCUUCAGUCACUGCGGCAGCCAUCGUGCCCGUCAUCUCUGUGGGCUCCACCAUUUACCAGUCCCAUGCUAUACCUGGCCAGGCCAUAUCCCAUCCCCACAGUCAAGGACUCCACCCUUACACCACCAUCCAGGCCCACCUCCCCUCGGUCUGCACCCCACAGUAUCUGGGACACCCUCUGCAGCACGUUCCUAGGCCUGCUGUCUUCCCUGUUUCUGGGGCUUCAUAUCCACAGGGGAUGCAUCCCGCUUUUAUUGGUGCCCAGUACCCCUUCUCAAUGGCUCCCGGCCCCCAGCCCUCUCUGUCGGCCACGGCUGUCACCUUCCCAGGUGUUCCGGUACCGUCCAUGACUCAGAUCGCCGUCCACCCCUACCACACUGAGACUGGCAUACCCCUGAGCACCACCGUGGCAGUGGGCAGCGUCCACUCUGGCCCAACCAUACAGGCCAUACAGGGGGCAUCUCUGCCCGCUGUCUCCUCCCAGCCUGCUCCAUUGGUGAGCGCCCCCUUUACAGCAGAAGAGGAACAUCACAGCCAGCCAAUCAGCCAGCAAGGCCUGCACUACCUGCAUUCAGCCUACAGAGUUGGCAUGCUGGCGCUGGAGAUGCUGGGCAGGAGGGCUCAUAAUGACCAUCCUAACAACUUCUCCAGAAGUCCACCUUACACAGAAGAUGUCAAGUGGCUGUUGGGACUAGCUGCAAGGCUAGGAGUCAACUAUGUGUACCAGUUCUGUGUUGGAGCAGCUAAAGGUGUCCUGAGUCCAUUUGUCCUGCAGGAGAUCAUCAUGGAGGCUCUGCAGAGGCUGAAUCCGGCUCACAUCCACGCCCACCUCCGAACCCCUGCUUUCCACCAGCUGGUGCAGCGCUGCCAACAGGCCUACCUACAGUACAUCCACCACCGGCUCAUCCAUCUGACACCUGCUGACUACGAUGACUUUGUCAACAUCAUCCGCAGCGCUCGAGGGGCUUUCUGUCUGACACCUGUGGGGAUGAUGCAGUUUAAUGACGUGCUGCAGAAUCUGAAGCGAGGCAAGCAGACCAAGGAGCUGUGGCAGCGCAUCUCACUGGAGAUGGCGACGUUCUCCCCAUAAACAGUUCACUGAAGGAUACCACACAGCCUCCAGCUUUACUACUGCCACCCUACUGAGCCAGACACAUCUACAGAGCUCCUCUCUGUCAUGGGCCCUUCUCUCCCUCCUUUAUUGACUCAGCUAAAAGUCUGUGAAAACGGGCCAGUGUCCCUAAUCCAUGGAUUCCCAGUUUGUUUGUUUGUCUACUCAAAUCUCAGUAGAAAAGCCUGGUCAUUGUUCUUUCUUAACGCACUUGAUUUACCAACAUUUAGCUGUGUUUAACUAUGAGCCACAGUGUGCUCCUCUCUCUUUGACCUAGAUCUGUUGAUCCUGUCUCCAUUUCAGGUGUUUUAGGUUUUUUUCUUAGUUCAGUUUGGUUUGAAACAUUUAGUGAGGUUCUUUGUCACGCUGCAACAUUCCAGUCCAGAGUAGGUGGCCUGUCACUGUCAGUCUGAACCUUUUGCAGCGUGGGACAAUGGGGAGAAAAGCUCAUUUUGUUCUGAGGAUGUUUUAAUAUUUUGUAUAAUCUUUUUGAUACUGACUUUGGCAUGCAUACAAACAAGACCGGGGAAAGGAUGAGAAUGCUAAAGUGCUGUUGGCUGCCAUUUGGGAUCCAUAUUUACAUACCUUCUGACAACAGCUGGGCAUGUCCAGCAGGUAGACAAUCUGUGUUGGGAAUCAUCGGUCAGGCUAAGUUUAGCUGGAAAUUGUUGAGUACAUCCUUACAUUUAUUAAAGGCAGGCAGGUUUAUUUCUUUUUAUUUGUAGGUUUCUUUUCAACACCUCUGAGAAAGUCAUUUCAGAGGGCUGUGCUGAGUGAAGGCUAAUGGGGAAAAAGAUGAACCAGUUGGCAUCUGACCAGAGGAUGAUGCGAAUUAAAAAUUCCAUAUCCAUCCCAACCCACCCUUACAGCAUCCAGCUGUCUAAAUUCACGUCAGAGUCUCGUUACCUAUGUGGAUUAUAGCAGGCCAUACUGCCCUGAAUGUUUUACAUCUCCCUGCUUCAGCUCACCUUUUUACAUUUCAGUAACCAAGCUUCUGUAGAGCUUGAUGAUAGGCUUCCAAGGUCAUUCUUGUUUCCAAAUCAGGUGUUCAAGAAGGGAACCAUCUAAAACAUGCAGGUUAGUGUACCUCCAGGACCAGGAUGAGGAAAUGCUGGAAAGCAGUGCUCCUGUUGGAUUAACGCAUUGGAUCAGAGGCUCUUACAGGACUGAUGGUGGCUCCAUCCUACUGUUCAAAACAGAACACUUUGCACAUAAGGGGCCCUAGUAGAUCUGUUUGAAUGAGACUUCAUUUACGCAUUUACCCCAGUGAACUUUGAGGUAUGAGCUGUGCCACAAAUGGACGAGGCAGCUUAUCACAGGCCCAGUGUGUGGGAAGCUUGGGAAGGAGACUCAGAUCCAGCUGUGCUGCGGCUCUCGAAAGACCUGCCUCCAUGACUCGUAACACACGAUUGCCAGCACUUCACCACACCUGACUUCACACACAGAGGUGUGUUUAACUGGAGCAUCUCUUCAGUGCGGUUAGCUCCAUGGUGCUCUUACUUUAGCAUAUGUUGAUCCUCUCUGUCCAGAUGGCUGUUUUUUUCUGAACCUGUUCUGAAGGUCACAUGUGAAGGUGAGUGUAGAAAAUGUUCUGUGAUAUUUUUGUAUUCCUCAGAACUGUAGCUUAAUCCAUGGGUUCUAUAUAAACAUAUUGUAAAAUAUUCUAAUUUAGAGUAAAAAAAAAAAAAAAAAGUUUAAGAUUAAAAAAGCAAUACUAAAAAUUUAGAGUUUACCUAAUAAAGAUCAUUGAAAACACUAA